AUCUUCCUGAUCUUUGCUACAAGCACAGAAUAUCAAAACCAAAGUUAAUAUUACAGACAAACCAGUCAAUAUACUUCUAUACUUUCUCUAUGAUGAACAUUUUUUUUAAUAGAUAUCCGUAACUUUAAUAUCCAAAAACUUUUAUUUGUAUUUUUACCGCUUCCACGCAAAUAGAUAAUAAAAAUAAUAUUCAAAAUAAGCCAAAUUAAGUAAUUCUUCCAAACCGUGCACUUAUCCGGACGAUUUAAAAUAAAUAAUUCGAUAGUUGUCGUUUGUAGCCCGCCCUACAUUUAUGCGUAUCCUUUUUGUAAGAGUAAAAAUAGUAAAAGGAACAUUUAUCACUCUAGAAAUCUCAUAACAUUCUUCAUCUGUGUGAAAGUCUACUCACGCUGACGUUGAUACAAAAUAAGAAAUAGAUAUGAAGCUCUUUCUGUUUGUAUGAAAUAAAUGAAAAACAAAUUUCAAGUGAUAAAUAUCUAUACAAUAAUUUUUAUUAGUAGAUUCCAUAUGAAUAAAUCAUUCAAUUGUAAAAAAUUUCCAUCCAACCAAUCAAAACGUUGAAUAAGAGAUUCUCACGACCUCGAUACUCAAAAUUUCCAACAUAAUUCAGCAUCAUAAUUAGAUAUUAAAAUAUUUUUUAGUAAGAGUUCUCUAAAUAAUUUAUGGCGUUUGUCCAUACAGAACAUAUCUUGUUCAGUUGUUGUCCAUUAGCUCCAAUAUAUCUUGUAGAGUUAACCACAGAACAUACCCUAUUGGGAGUCAACUGUCAUUAUAGUUGCUCAAAAUAAUGCAUAGGUUAAUGCUAUAACCUGAAGAAAAAAAAACGAAGAAAAAUGCUGAACUGUAUGAAAACUCUUGAAAGAAAUUAUUUAUCAAACUUUGAAAAGAAAAUAUGCUGUUGGUAUUCAAAUACAGUAGUAGAAGCAAAGGACGAGUUUCGAGUACUUAAUAUAAGGAAAUCUAAAGGGGCAUUUCAAGAAAGAAAGCCGAAGAGAGUAAUGCCUGUAUUGCCUCCAAGAACAAAACAAAUGAAAGUAGAUCAAGAUUGGGGAAGUGUUUGGCCAGGCCCAAGAUCUUUUCAUCCAGCCACAGUUCCGUUACCAGUUAGACAAGGUUAUGUAGAAAAACGAGCUUCUCCUGAUAAAUUUGCAAAUGCAGAGUUGAUGAAAAUUCCUAAUUUUCUUCAUUUAACACCUCCUGUUAUUGAGAGACAAUGUAAAGCUUUAAAGAAAUUUUGCACCAGCUGGCCAAAAGCUUUAGACAAUGAUGAAAACUGUGAAAAGCAUUUUCCUUUUGAGUUUACAUUUAGCGAUUAUUGUUAUUCCUCCCCAUCUAUAAGAAAUCCUUUAGCUCGAAUAGUUACCAUGAAGUUUAAAUUGGAAUCAUUAAAAUUGAAUCGUAGAGCAAAAGAUAAAUUUUUAAGACUUGUUGGAGAUAGGUACGAUGAAGCAAGUGAUACUGUAACUAUAGUCACAGACAGAUGUCCCCUUAGAAAGCAAAAUUAUGACUAUGCAUUAUACCUAAUUACUGCUCUGUACCACGAAUCUUGGAAUGUUGAACCUUGGGAACAGUUAAAAUCAGAAGCUGAUAUGGAAUGUUAUGAAUGGGAUAAAAGCAAAUCUAAAACCAACAUUGAACAAUUAUUUAAUACGACUUCUGAUAAAAUAGAUAAUAUUGAUAUGUAUGCAAAUUCAGUAGAUAGACUGAUGAAUGAAGGUGAAAAUGAGUAUACCAUUAACAAAUACGGAGAAGCAGUACGAAAAAUUUUAGGCUUACCUUCUACUGUAACAUGCACGUAAAUUUUUAAGAAAAUAAAUAAUAUGUAAAUA